UUCCAAUCCCCUCCAUAUCAUGUGAUUCAGGUGUUCCAAUCCCCUCCCAAUCAUGUGAUUCAGGUGCUCCAAUCCCCUCCAUGGACACAGGUGUAUACAAUCAAGCCCCUAGGCAUGCAGACGGCUUCUACAAACAUUGGUGAAAGAAUGGGUCGCUCUCUCAGGAGCUCAGUGACUCCAAGCGUGGUCCCCGUGAUAGGUGGCCACCUGGGCAAUAAGUCCAUCCGUGACAUUUCCUGGCUACUAAAUAUUCCACGCUCAACUGUUAGUGGGAUUAUAACAAAGUGGAAGCAACUGGGAACAACAGCCACUCAGCCA